AUGACACUUGCAAAACAUUGGGUCUACAACAAAGACGAAGACAUUGUAUUGACACAGCUCAAGGGCUUGGUUGCCGCGAAUCCAUACGUCCAUCUAAUUGCCGAUGAGAAAGUUGUGUUCAACCCUCACUCGGACACAUCCAAAAAGAUCACCGUUAUUAGUGGAGGUGGUGCCGGCCAUGAGCCCUUGCAUGGUGGAUAUGUGGGAGAAAACUUGUUGGAUGCCGCAGUAAGCGGUCAAAUCUUUGCCUCCCCUUCUACGAAACAGAUUAUGGCUGCCAUCAAGAAGAAGUCGGACAAAUCGAAGGGGACCAUUAUAGUUGUCAAGAACUAUACUGGUGACGUGCUACACUUUGGAUUGGUGGCGGAGAGAGCAAAGAGCGAGGGAUACAAAGUCGAGUUGGUGGCAGUCAGUGACGACGUUGCUGUUGGAAGAGAACAGAACAAGAUGGUGGGAAGAAGAGGAUUGGCGGGAACCGCCCUUGUGCACAAAGUGUUGGGUGCUGCUUCGGCGGAAGAAAAAGCUGAAUUGAAAGCUGUGGCUGGUUUGGGACAUGCAGUCAAUGAAAACUUGGUGACGUUAGCCGCAAGUUUGGACCGUACUUCUGUACCCGGUAAAGCCGAGCAAGAGAUUGAAUUUAAUGCAAACGAUGAAGUGGAGUUGGGGUUGGGAAUCCAUAAUGAACCAGGCACCAAGAUUAAGCCAAUUCCCAAAUUGGACGACCUAAUCAAGGACAUGCUUCGUAAAUUGCUUUCUGCCGAGGACAAAGACCGUCACUACGUUGACUUUGAUGGAGAUGAUGAGUACGUGCUUCUUGUGAAUAAUAUUGGAGGUACUUCUUCAUUCGAAUUGUACGCUAUCACUGAACACGUUUUGCAAAACUUGCCAUUAAAGAAGAAACCCACAAGAGUCUUGGUUAGUGAUUUCGUUACCUCGUUUAACUCACCGGGCUUUUCUAUAACCUUACUCAAUUUGAGCAACAUUGACAAGAGAAAAGUUGGGUAUUCAUCGAAGGAUAUUUUACGGUUCUUGGACACUCCCACUAAUGCCCCGGGUUGGAAACCCAAAUCGUAUGCAUCCAAGGAUUGGGAUAUUCAACUGGAUAGACAAGAGGAUUCGCCAAUGAAGCACCAGGCCUUGUUGACUUCCGAUUUGAAAAUUGAUGCAAAGUCCUUUGAAGAGCAUUUGAAAAGUGGGUUGGAGAAUUUACUAAAAGAAGAGCCCAAAAUCACUCAUUAUGACACCUUAGUUGGUGAUGGUGAUUGUGGUGAAACUUUGGCAGCCGGGGCUAAUUCAAUAUUAAAGGCAUUGAAAGAUGACUCUCAGUUCAAAAAGCACUUGUCUGACCCUGUCGCCACCCUUUCACAAAUCACAGAGUUUGUUGAGGAUAGCAUGGGUGGAACCUCUGGUGGAAUCUACUCCAUCUUUUUAACCGCUUUGGUGCAGCAUUUGAAAGUAGCAGAAAAGGUUGAUCAUGAGACGGUUGCAAACGCAUUUCACAACGCAUUACAUGAAGGAUUGUUCAAGUACACCAAGGCUAGAAUUGGGGGUAGAACCUUGGUGGACACUUUACAACCUUUUGUUGAUACCUUCCAGGACACAAAGGAUUUGUCGAAGGCGGUUGAAGCUGCUCGCAAAGGUUGCGAAGAAACAAAAAAUUUGGAAGCGUCGUUUGGUAGAGCAAGUUAUGUUGAUAAAAAGGAACUUGAGGCUGAAGGAGGAAUUCCGGAUCCUGGUGCCGUAGGCUUACUUGCUCUAAUUCAGGGAUUUACGAAAUAG